GAAACGCUUGUCAAAAGUGCGAAGCAAGGUGGAGAGAGAGAACUUCUUCGAGGAAUAGGGAAACUGCGGUGGGCAAGUGAUCAAACACCGGGAGGUGAAUUCCGGCUAUCGUCGCCGGCCUUGCUAUUUCUUCUCCUUAUGGAUUAUUCCAUGUGCUUUCACGACGGCAACAUCGCUGACUUGCUACACAGUCGCACUCUCCAUGGCAAUCACCAUGUUUUUAAUCCCGUUGUGCAAAUGCAUUCCUCACUUGUCCGAGCAAUUUCUCUGGAAAGAGAACUAGAGGGGCACCGUGGAUGUGUAAAUGCUAUAGCUUGGAAUUCAAAGGGCUCAAUGUUGUUAUCUGGAUCGGACGAUACACAAAUUAAUAUUUGGUCAUACUCAAAACGAAAACUUAUGCAUACCAUUGAGAGUGGUCAUUCCGCUAACAUAUUCUGCACAAAAUUCAUUCCUGAAACAUCCGAUGAGUUGGUUGUUUCUGGUGCAGCUGAUGCUGAGGUUCGUCUUUUUAAUUUAUCUCACUCAAGGAGCAGUGGACAGGGGGUGAAUGGUGGCCUUUUGGCAAAUUUUCAGUGUCACACAAGGAGGGUCAAAAAAUUAGCUGUCGAAGUUGGAAACCCUAGUGUUGUGUGGAGUGCUAGUGAAGACGGGACAGUGAGGCAACAUGAUUUACGUGAGGGUGUUUCUUGUCCUCUUGCGGGGUCCUCUCAUCAAGAAUGUCGGAAUAUCCUUCUUGAUUUGCGAUGUGGAGCUAAAAAAUCUUUAGCAGAUCCUCCAAAGCAAUCCCUUGCUCUGAAGUCUUGUGAUAUCAGUACCACUAGGCCUCAUUUACUCCUUGUUGGUGGCAGUGAUUCAUUUGCACGUUUGUAUGAUAGGCGAAUGCUACCGCCUCUUUCAUCUAGUCAGAAAAAGUCCCCGCCACCUCCUUGUGUGAAUUACUUUUGCCCGAUACAUCUCUCUGACAUUGGACAUUCUAAUGUGCAUCUUACUCAUGUCACUUUUAGUCCGAAUGGUGAGGAGGUACUACUUAGUUACAGCGGAGAGCAUGUUUAUUUGAUGGAUGUCAAUCCCGCUAUGGCAUCUGCGGUUUCCAUGAGUUAUACGCCAGCGGAUUUCACGAAUCUCUUUAGCUUGAGUUCUAUAUUUGAUGGAGGGGAAGUGAAUUCUUCAUCUCUUUCUGGUGUAUCUUCAAAUGGUUAUCCUCUGAGAAAAAAAACUGCUGCAAGGCUUGAUAGGUGCAGAAAAUUGAUCCAGAUUGCUGAAAAAUCAUUAAAAGGAGAAACUGAUUAUUAUUAUGGCAUUGAGGCUUGUGAUGAAGUCUUGGAUGGUCAUGGUCAUGAAAUAGGGCCAACUCUCAUGCAUGAGUGUUUAUGUAUACGUGCAUCCUUGUUGCUCAAGCGUAGGUGGAAAAAUGACUCGCACAUGGCUAUCAGGGACUGUCAGAAAGCUCGGAAAAUAAAUCCUUCAUCAGCUAGAGCAGUCAUUUGCAUGGCUGAGGCACUAUUUUCGUUGGAGAAACAUAAGGAAGCAUUGGAAUUUUCUAUUGCAUCUCAGUCUAUGGCUCCUUCUGAUUCUGAGAUAAUGGAGAGGGUGGAGAAAAUCAAAAAGAGUAUUGCUGCAGCUGAAGCUGACAGAGCUAACCUGGAAAGUGAGAGGGGAAUAAAGGCGAACAAUCAAGCAGCAAAAGCACUUUCAAUAAGUGACAUAAUCUACCAUUCUGUAGGGGAUAAUGAAGCAUUGCUAGAUGAUUCUGAAAGAGAGGACUCUGACUAUGAAGAAGAGCUGGAAUUGGACUUUGAAACAGCAUUUCCUUCUGAAGCAGGGCAUGAUAUUGACUCCACCGUCCUUCCGACAAACUUAAAUUUGAGAAUUCACAGGCGAGGUAAUUUGGUCACGGAAGCUGAGAGACACGAUGGCUCGUCUCGGGCUCCUGUCUCGUCAUGUGAAAACCCUGAAGUGCCUUAUCAGCCUGAGAUGGCGAUAGAUAUGAAGAAGAGAUAUAUUGGCCAUUGUAAUAUAGGCACUGAUAUAAAACAAGCUAGUUUUAUUGGGCAAAGAGGUGAAUAUAUUGCCAGUGGAAGUGACGAUGGUCAAUGGUUUAUCUGGGAAAAGAAAAGUGGCCGAUUAAUAACGAUGCUACAUGGAGAUGAUGCUGGUAAUACCCUACUUCCCACCGCUCUCACUAACAUGCAGUAAUGGAUAAAAUGAAACAAAAAAUAACUCAGCACUUCCAUUUGGCAGAUAAUUAAAUUCAAUAUUGCUAAUCGUCUUGUAGUGAUUAACUUUUAUGUGUUGCCCAUACUCAUUGUUACUAUUACCUUUACAAAGCAAUUGGGCUGCAAUGAUGUGAUACUCCCUCCAUCGCAAUUUAAAUUUAUUUUAGUGUUCAACACAUGAAUUAAGGUAAAGUCUAAAAAGGCGAUCUUUUUCUUUUCCCUACAACCCUCACUCAUCUAGCACUGCCAGCAUGCAUAUUAUAUUUGUUAUUUCCUGUCAUUAGGCCUAUUUUUGAAGAGUUGCAUUUACAGAAGUGACACCAUUAAAAUUUUCAAGGUAAACAAAAUAAUGCACUUGCCUUUGGGAGCCUAAUAAGCCUAAAAUACAUUUAGUUUGGGACCAAGGUAGUACUGAGUAACACAAUUGGCUGGCUGCUGAGUUUUGUAGUUUCUCUUUCGAAUGGCUCUACAGAUAUCACUAUUUUAAAACUUAUGCUAGAAAUUUUGGCUCUUUGGGUAACCAUUUUUACUCUUGAGAUAUCUACCUAGAGGAUUAUGUAUUGCUAGAAUUGGACCAUCAGGCCUCUUGUGAGAUUCAGCACCAACCUGUGUAAAAUCUGACUCUUUUCUUUCUGGCUCUCAUUAUGUUUAACCCUAUCUUCGGUAUCAGUUCAUUGAGCUUAAUUUGACAUAUGAUAUUCAUCUUGUCCUUACUCCGCUGUGCUGCACAGUUGUCAAUUGUAUACAGAGCCAUCCAUAUGAUUCUGUCAUAGCAACUAGUGGGAUUGACAACACCGUAAAGAUAUGGGCUCCAAAUCCUGUACUCCCCUCUUAUGUAGCAAGACAAGGGCCUUCAAACCCAGUAGAUGCUAUGGAGAAAAAUCAGCGCAGAUUAUGCCGCACUCGGGAGACGAUUUUGUAAUGCAUAUGUUUUGGAUUUAACCUUUAUAUUUUCUAACCUGCUUCAAUUAUUUUUCAUGUUCUGGGUUUAUGAUCCAAUGACAUUGUGGGUAUUUCGUGGGAGUGUGUUUGUUUUCUUAUAUGCACGGCAAGCUAAGAAUGCCCAUCCAUGAAGUUGUAAUUAAGUUGCAUCCUUUUUUCUUGGAGUGUGAUUUUCUAUCACGCAUUUAUUGCUAUUUCAGGCCUUUUGAAUUUCUGGAGCGUUUCAGGAUGCAUGAGUUUGCUGAAGGAAGUUUCCAUCCGUUUGAGUGCACUCAAAGUUGAUCGUGUUCUACCUUCUGAAUUUAUAUUUAGGUGUUUAGUCAAUAAAUGCUGCAGGUGCUGCUGCUGGAAGCUCGUCUGAACCACCAGUAAAUAACGACAUGUACAGAUGCUUGUUGAGGGGAUUUGCUUUCUACUUUCAUUGUUGUAUAUGUGUUCGUCUUACUGCGUGGUAUUUAUUUCACUACAUUUUGAAAUGAAAUUAUCAACGAUGGUCCAAGCCAAACAGGCUGACGGCAAAGUAGUGAUAACUUGAAAGCCUGUAGAUGAUGGUCUUGCCGCAAAUUAUGGGUCAAAGUCUCUUUGAUGCUUUGGGUGAGUGAAUAGAUGUGCCGAGUUGAAAGAGCUCAAACCUGCUGUAGAUAAUAUUCUGGCCGGCAUUUUUUAUACCUCAAUAUAUAUAUGGUCUUUUUUUUACACAUUGUACCAUCAAAAAACAUCUUUUGUCACUUCAAAUGAACCGCAUAAUUAAUAAUUAUGCAAGAUAUGUUGCAUGUAUAUCAACAAUUCAGUUUUGUUAUGGAGUUAUCGGAUGGCUCGGCUUAUAAAGUCAUCCAUACUUAUUCACCAAUAGUGUAUUGA